UUAAAAAGUCCCAGGGUGCAAUGCCUCCAAGUAAGAGGCUGUAAACGAUUGGGGUUUAGAGGUUAUCCAAAGCAAAAAGGCACUAACUGGAUGAAAGAGAUGUGGAGGUUCACUGGGGCAACUGGGGAGCCGUGUACACUGAGAAAGCAGCUAGAGUGGGUGGAGGGGGAACUCUUUGAAGGGUCACGUUUGAAUUGGUGAUUUGGGGGAGCAUUAUCAUUGGAGUUUUAUUGAUAACAGAUACUAUCAUCAGGGUGUGGACACAGGCUAUAGCAAUUGAGAAGGUGGUAGAUAAAUAGGAGUUACUGGGCAUUCCAGAGAUUGUCCCACUGCUCAUUGCCCUUUCUGCUCCCUCCACCAGGCAGGUAUGUCCCUACUUUUUGUAGUAGGCUGCUUUUUCUUCCCAAUGUCUUUUGCCAUCCUUUGCUGGAGCCUGCAGAAGCUUUCCGGUCUGCAAAUGGAGAAAAAGGAGGCUGUCUUAGUGGCAUCCAAGUUAGUAUCCUCAGUCCAAGCUAUCAUGGCCUCCACAGCUGGCUACAUCGUCUCCACUUCCUGCAAACAUAUCAUUGAUGACCAACACUGGUUAUCUUCAGCCUAUACUCAGUUUGCUGUGCCCUACUUCAUCUACGACAUCUAUGCCAUGUUCCUGUGUCACUGGCACAAGCACCAGGUCAAAGGUCAUGGAAGGGAUGAGGGGGGGGCUGGCCCCCCAGGAAAUACUUGGGCUGUGGCCCGUGGCUACCUGCACAAGGAAUUCCUCAUGGUGCUGCACCAUGCAGUCAUGGUGCUGGUCUGCUUUCCACUAUCAGUGGUAUGGCGCCAAGGCAAGGGGGACUUUUUUCUGGGCUGCAUGUUGAUGGCUGAAGUCAGCACACCCUUUGUCUGCCUGGGCAAGAUCCUCAUCCAGUACAAGCAGCAGCACACCCUGCUGCACAAAGUCAAUGGGACCCUGAUGUUGCUGAGCUUCCUGUGCUGUCGAGUGCUGCUCUUCCCCUACCUGUACUGGGCCUAUGGGCAGCAUGCAGGCCUGUCCCUGCUCUCUGUGCCCCUCAACAUCCCCGUCCAUGUCAACCUGGGGGCCGCCCUGCUGCUCGCUCCACAGCUCUACUGGUUCUUCCUCAUCUGCCGGGGAGCAUGUCGCCUCUUCAGGCCUCGGGGUCCUGCCCCUCCAGCCCCACGGCAGCCCCCAGGGCUGCACGAUGGGCCCCGGGACUAAGGGGAUAGGGUGGGUGGGGGCCCCCAUUCCCUCCAGGAAUUGGGCUCUGGGACUGAUGGGUAGGGAUGGGGACCAGGGAUAUCUCCAGUGGUCCUAGGCCUGGAGGAUGGGAAUGGAGAAAUUAGGGGACAAACUUCUCCCUGCAAUAUGAUAAAAGGAUGGAACAGGGACCAGGCUUGUAGGGAACAGCUACAUCUCUUGUCCCCAUGGUCCCUGGGGCUGAGAGAAAGUGGAUUUAGAAUGGCUAAUACUCUCUUUUGUGUAGGGCCUAGGAAAGUGGAAAUUAGGAGGCACCCUCCUGCUUAUAUAACCCCAGGGAUAUGCUUUUUUCCAACUGUAAUCUGCAGGGGGUCUAGAGGAGGGAAAUGAAAGAGGAGGUUACCCUAUCCUACAUCAAUUUAGGGUAAGAUGGAUUAGGGGGGAGACUUAACAGCAAUCAUAGAGGAUCAAGGAGUAAAAGUAAGGGAAGACCCUCUCCUUUUUGCCAAGGACACACCUAUUUCCCUUCCCCAAAUGCUGUAGUCUAGGGGAAGGAGGCUCCUAACCUCAUGCAUCCCUCUGGGUGGGAGAGGUACCCUCUAACCUCUUUAUGCCUCACCAGGGGAUUGGUUGGCUACCCCUUAGAGCUAGCUCCUCUCCAACACAGGCAGCCCAGCAUCUUUCCAGACCCUUAGGGAUUUUCUUUAUUUCCCCAGGUUUGUAUUAGUUUCUGAUGGGGAGGCAGACAUUUACAUGUCACACACUAGCGCCUGGCCUAGCCUCUGCAGCGCUGAGUGCCCCACAUGGGGGAAGCUGGAGGAGGGGCUCUUGUGCUCAUUCCUUCAAGCUAUAUGAACUUGGCCUUCUUGCCCUCUCCCACCUGUCCCUGGUGCUACAGACCUCUUGAGGCUUCCUCCAGAUCCAGGAGCAGGGGGAACCCUGGGAGGCGCUAUAUAAAGACCGCUAAUAAAGAUGAGAUCAGCGUGAAUGCCA